AUGCCCAACAGCAGCUCUGUGAGUGAGUUCCUCCUGCUGGCAUUCGCAGACACGCGCGAGCUGCAGCUCCUGCACUUUGCACUCUUCCUGGGCAUCUACCUGGCUGCCCUCCUGGGCAACGGCCUCAUCCUCAGCGCCGUGGCCUGCGACCACCACCUCCACACCCCCAUGUACUUCUUCCUCCUCAACCUCGCCCUCCUCGACAUGGGCUGCAUCUCCACCACUCUGCCCAAAGCCAUGGCCAAUGCCCUCUGGGACACCAGGGCCAUCUCCUAUCAAGGAUGUGUUGCCCAAGUACUUUUUUUAGUCUUCUUUUUUGAUGCAGAGUUUUCCCUUCUCACCGUCAUGGCCUACGACCGCUACGUUGCGAUCUGCAAGCCCCUGCACUAUGGGAGCCUCCUGGGCAGCAGAGCUUGUGCCCAGAUGGCAGCAGCUGCCUGGGGCAGUGGCUUUCUCAAUGCUGUCCUUCACACGGCCACUACAUUUUCCCUUCCCAUCUGCCAAGGCAAUGUUGUGGACCAGUUCUUCUGUGAAAUCCCCCAGAUCCUCAAGCUCUCCUGCUCAGAUUCCUAUCUCAGAGAAGUCUGGGCAAUUCUAUUUAGCAUUUUGAUAGCAUUUGGUUGUUUUGUUUUCAUUGUGGUGUCCUAUGUGCAGAUCUUCAGGGCUGUGCUGAGGAUGCCCUCUGAGCAGGGCCGACACAAAGCCUUUUCCAUGUGCCUCCCUCACCUGGUUGUCACCUCCCUGAUGAUCAGCACUGCCAUCUUUGCCUACCUGAAGCCCCCCUCCAUUUCCUCCCCAUCCCUGGACCUGGUGGUCACACUUCUGUACACUGUGGUUCCUCCAGUAGCAAACCCACUCAUCUACAGCUUGAGGAACCGGGAACUAAGGGAUUCCAUCAGGACUCUACUUGAAUACACACAUCGUCAGCAAAUUCACCUAUAAUACUAUGCCUAAUAUUAGAAAUCUCAGCUAUUCUCAGAAAGAAAAUAAUAUGAUGUCUUCUAUUAUUAAAUGUCUGUAUUAUUAUUUUCUCUCAUUAUUACACAUUUGA